AUGCAAGUCAGCCGGCCACAACUCCAAUCAGUCUCCAAGGGCCUGACGGCCCUCUCGAGUGGCCCAACCCCACUAUACCGACUGUCUCAAUCAGUCAACGCCAACGGGCCCUGUCGCCAAGCGUCUUUAGAGUACGGGAAAUGCGUUGCUCGGAAUUAUCAGCAGGUCGACAGAGACUCGUGCUUGGCUGAGUUCUUAACCUUCAAACAAUGCGUCCAACAAACGGUUGGUAAGAAAUGGUGA